CGUCAAAAACUGAAGACCCAUCAUUGUACUUAACAUGGCAAAAACAGUCUGUUAACUUGGGAACAUGUGUAUGCAACUAUGAAUCAGACCAUCUGUUUGUUUCAUCCGAGCUACGAAGCGCCAGCAACGUUAGAGGGUCAAAAGAGCAGUGAACUUUUAAAUAAGGAAAAUAAUGCUGUUGCGGUUAAAUUUCUUAAAUAUUGAAACAGAUAGUAUCAAUACGGAUACAUAAAUGGCUUAAAGCAUAUCGGUGUUCUGGAUUUCCAAACAAGGAAGAUAGCGUUUGAAUGGCACAUUAAAGUCCUAGUUCAUCAAAGAGGGGAUAUACUGUGUUGCUAUAUAUUGUGCCAGCGUUUGGCCUCAUCACUUUGCAUUGAGAACACUGAAGUGAAAGGACUCAAUUGGCAACAUGGAUAUGAAAUAUCUGGUAACUAUUGUGUUACUAUGUAUAGUAACACUAGGUCACGUGAGCGGUCACGGUCGACUGACUGACCCUCCAGGAAGGUCGUCAGCAUGGAGAUUCGGAUUUAAAACUCCAAUUAACUACAACGACAAUAGCCUAGAAUGCGGUGGAUUUCCGUAUCAAUAUUCUCCUGAAGUAAACGGUCGCUGUGGGGCAUGUGGGGAUCCGUAUUUCGGUCCAUUCAAUAAUGAGGCUGGGGGACGGUAUGCUCAAGGGGUUCUCGUGAGAAACUACACUGAGGGGCAAACCAUUCGAGUCACUUUAGAUAUAACGGCAAACCACGGUGGUUAUUCUGAAUUCCGAAUAUGUGCCAACAAUGACGUCUCAAAACGUGUGACGCAGGAAUGUUUAAAUGAACACCUGCUGAAGACCCCCUCAGGAGAAUCACGAUAUUUACACGAGAAUGGAAAUGCUGGAAAAGGAAUAAAGCAUGUUGAUUUAAUCCUGCCAUACGGUUUAACUUGUACCCAGUGUGUCUUUCAAUGGAAAUGGAAAACUAACAGUGGCAACAACUGUGGUCGAACAGCUGGAUGCUGUGACCCCAGCAACAUCGGGUGUGGUCCUCAGGACGAGUUCCGCGGGUGUGCCGACGUGUCUAUAGUUCCGUACCUAUACAUACUAGGCAAAUAAAUAGCGAAUAAACGAGGACAUAUAGACGCUAUAGUGGAAGCAAUGAAUCAACAGUGUAAUCAAAUGCUCUUUUAGUUAAUAAAAUAAAGAUUUCAUCUAUCCUUUUCACGACAUAUCUCACGGCAUAUCUUUUUUGUACACAGCACUGCUUUUAUUGAAUUUCUAUUACAUUAUUGUACGCUCAUUGCUUCAAAAUGUUGAUUUUAAA